AUGCCUCUGCCAAAGGGGGAGGCCAUGGGUGGUUUGGACGAGGCCGUGCAGCAAUUGGUGGAAGUGCAAAAGCAACAGACGCUUGGAGCUUUAGGAUCCAAGGUCUUUAGCCUGGGCCCAACUGCCUCCAGGCACCGUGAAUGGCAAAGCACUGUGGAAGAACUACUUCAGCGUGUGAAUCACAGCGUGGACCAGGCGGAGCGCAGCCGUGAUCACUUCGCAGGAGAAGGACAAGGAGUUGAACAAGAAUUCUCUCGCGAGAUCGAGGGAAAUAACUUGAAGAUGCUGAACGAGGAGGAGAAGAAUUUGCAGAGAAGGCCAUCAAUCUUCAACGAAAGGACUUCAGCCACCUUCAACAUCAAGCCCCUGAAGAAGUUGGUCUCGGAAGCCUUAAAGGAGGCGAGCCGCAGUCGUGCCAGCGGUCGUCCGUUGCGAGGACUGCGGAAGGUUGCUGAGCACAUUGUGGCUGCCCAUUGGUUUGAGUAUGUCACUGGUCUCAUCAUCUUUGCCAACCUAAUCACCGUGGGGAUUGAGCUGGAGAUGACUUUGACCGUGCCGGAGUUCCAGAAAGCAGUUUGGCCACAAGUCGCAGAGCGCAUCUUUCUCUUCAUCUACUUUGUUGAGCUGGUUCUGAGAAGUUUUGCUGGUGGCAUGCAGAACUUGAAGGAUCUGUGGUUUUGGAUGGACCUGUUCUUGGUGGCCCUGGGCAUUUGGGCCUUGGUGCUCCUCCCGAUCGCCGGAGGCACUGACCUUGGCUUCGAACGGCUCUUGGUCUUUCGCGGCCUGCGACUUCUGCGCUUGGUCAGGGCUUUGAGGAUGGUGAACCACUUCAAGAUUAUGUGGCGUCUCGUCUACGGGCUUCUGACCUGUGGCCAAACCAUUUUGUCCACCAUGGCACUGAUCAUCAUCUCGCUCUUUGUUUUUGCCUGUGUGGCUGUGGAAUUGAUCAGCAAGGACACGGAGCUUUCGAAGGCGAAUGAAGAGGUCGCUGAAAUCGUGGAAGUCAACUUUGGUAGUCUAGGAAAAACCAUUAUGACACUCUUUCAGUUUGUGACGCUGGACUCGAUCUCCGCGAUCUACUUCCCGCUGAUUACGGCCAAGCCCUUUCUGGUGCUCGUGUUCUUACCCAUCUUGGUGGUGGUCUCCAUUGGCCUUAUGAAUCUGGUGACUGCAGCCUUAGUGGAGAAUGCAAUGGCGAAUGCGACAGCGCAGGCAGAGGAGGAGAGGAACAGCUUGAAGAAGCAGCUGCAGAUUGCCUUGCCCUCCCUGAUUGAUCUCUUUCACGAACUGGAUGAAGAUGGGAGCGGGAUGCUGACCGAAGAGGAGCUCUCCAAGGUCUCCGCCGACAUCCUGCCACCAAGGAUCUUGGAAUCGUCCUUUGCCGAGGACGCGCUUGACGCGGUUGACGCGGUUGACGCGGAACGGCAUCUUCUCAGCGCGGGCCAAGGGAGGGGGGGCCGAGCCGUUGAGUCAGACAACUGGCCUGGCCACGCCUGGCGUAUUCGUCAGCUUGAACUCAGCCGGCUGAUGGCAGAAUCCGAUGAAGCGAAAGGUGGGGGGGACCCAACUUCAGUGAUUUUGGAACGCCACUGGUUGAUGGUGAUGGCUUGGGUGAUGACUUGAACGUUGGACCAGUGGAGGCUUUGAACUGACCGCAUGUGCGACUGAGGCUUGACAUGUUAUAAUACCCCAGGAACCGGUUUUUCACUGAGGCUUGGCGUGUUUCAUGAGGCUGUUAGUUCAUACGUUCCAUUUCCCGAGUGUAUGCCUGGAGCUUGUCACUUCUAGCUGGAGACAGAGCAGUCCAUCGCGGAGGGAGUGGGCUUGUGCCAAAGGAGAAUACAGUAUUAAGAUUUGACGACAUGGACGGAGCUUCAGUAGCCUUAGCAGCCUGCAGUGGGCGUAGUAGCCAGUCAGAAAUGGCAAGAGUAGGCCGCAGUGGCCGUAGUCAAUUGAAGGUCGGGACUGACCUGGCCUUAAAUGCGCUGUAACAGCACUGUGCUUAAACCAAGCAGGUCUUCCCCAGGUUGUUCGGAUAUAGGUGGCCCUUAGCUUGCGUGUGCGCCCCGUACGAUAUAACUACAGGUGGCCCAGGUUUUGGCAGGUUUGGCUCAUCGGUUGUCUCUGUGCACUUGUUUUUUUUCCAUCCAACGCAACCACAUGACAUGUUGUCUUGUCUCCUUUUUGGUCUCUUUUGUCCCUCAGUCGGAGCAUCAGUCGGAGCCAGUCGGGGCUCUCGACCAUCUUUCGCCUCCCUUCGGGUUAAAACGACCCGGACGGCAGUGAAGAUGGAUUUGAGAGACCGACCUUCCCCAUAACUCUGCGUCGUUGUGGUCGCAUUCUUUUCUUAUUUUUUUCACGAUCGAUGUCUGCUGUAGAAUGCUGUGCAGGAGACACCUGCGACUGAAUGAAUGGUGCUGAAAUGUCUUUCUUCUUUUUCUGCUUGAGGCGCAGCACGAGUUCUUCUUUUUGACCUCCCGGUUCAAGUAAAUAGUUUGCCUCGCGACUGAAGGGCAGAAAUUGCUCGAAGCAAAUACCUCCGCCUGAAUAGAACAUCCUGCUCGCUCUGAAUUGUCCUUCUGUAUUUCUCGGCGCAGUCAGGGAAUGGUUUCCUUGAGUGCAAAUACUUCGGCGGGAUAUUUUCAUUUGACUCUUUCUUUCCCUGAGCUCCUCAAGGAUGUCAGAGUCCAGGCCUAACUGCACCGUACUGACUGAGAGGGCCGUGCAGCAGGGAUA